AUGCUAGGCAGCAUCGAUGCGCUGCCGCCGGGCGACAUCAAGCUGGUGCUGGCCAUGCGCCUGGUGGCGCGGCUGUGGAUGCCGGGGCGUGGCGAGAUCGCGGAGGCUGGCGAGGCACUCGAGGCGCUGGCCGCUUUCAUCGAGAAGUAUGAGGCGCGGCGACUGGGGGGCGAGAGCAUGCCGGUCAGAUAUGCAGGCGCAGUGGAUUCUUUGAGGGCCAGGGCAUUGAGGAGCCACCGCUGCAGAUGGUUGCAGAGGAAGCGGAAAAACGGGCUGAAAGUCCGAGCAUCAGCCCAGGGAGAGCAACCCGAACAGGAGUCCAGCCUGGCCACCCGGAUGGGCGCCCUGGCGCUGGCGGCCUCCCUGGCGCUGGGCGCCGCCGCUCCCGCUCCGCCGCCGGUGCUGGCAGAGGAGGAGCAGCAGGAGAUCGUGAUCAGCAAGUAUGCCUCGGCUUCGGAGCGCCGCGCCCUGAUGGCGGAGCGCCGGGAGCAGCUGCUGCGCAAGACCCGGGAGGAGGCGGAGCGCGCCGGCAGCAGCAGCAAGGCUAGCCGAGCGCCGGCGGCGGCGGCAGAGGCUGGCGGCAGCAGCAAGGAGGACUCGAUGGCGGAAAUGCUGAAGCGGCUGAGCGCCACCGACUACGGCAAGAUGACCAACUCCAGCCCCAAGCUGACGCCCAAGCCAGAUGAGGACGCCCCCAAGGCAGCGCCGGCCGCCGCCAAGCCAACGCCCGCGCCUGAGAUGCCCAAGCUGGAGCUUCCUAAGGUGGACCUGCCCAAGCCGGCCGCAGCGGAGAAGAAGGCCCCGGCUCCGGCCCCGGCCCCGGCCCCCGCCGCUGCCACCCCCAAGCCCGCCGACAAGCCGGCACCGCCGCCGCCCGCCCCCAAGCCGGCCGAGAAGAAGGAGGCACCUGCUGCCCGCAAGCUGCCAGACUUCACCGCUCCUAAGAUGCCGGAGUUCAAGGCACCUGCCUUCAACUUCACAGCACCAUCAUUCAAGAAGGAGGAGGCCAAGCCGGCUGAGAAGCUCACCUCCAGCAUGCCUAAGUUCUCGGCGCCAGCGAUGAAGGCGCCCGAGCUGCCCAAGCUGCCGGCUGCUCCUUCUCUGGACUUCAAGAUGCCGGAGUUCAAGAUGCCGGCCCCCGACGCCAGCAAGCUGGGCGGCUUCACAGCGCCCAAGCUGCCCUCCGUCAACCUGGAUGUGGACGCGGACAAGGUGAAGGCCAAGCUGAGCAUGCCCAGCCCCAAGCUGCCAGCCUUCCAGGCGCCCAAGCUGGAUGCCUCCAGCUUCAAGUUUGACUUCAAGCCGCCGCCCGCGCUGGAGGGCAAGAAGUCGCCGCUGGAGGGCUUCAAGGCCCCAGAGUUCAAGGCACCCGAGGUGAAGGCGCCGAGCUUCAAGGCGCCCGAGCUGCCAAAGCUGGCCCUGCCCAAGCCGGCGCCGGCCCCUCCGGCCGCCGUGGAGAAGCCCGCGCCCAAGUCCGCCCCGGCACCCGCGCCGCAUGCUGCUGCAAAGAAGGAGGAGGCCAAGCCGGCUGAGAAGCCCGCGGCCCCCGCAUUCAGCAUUCCGUCCUCCCAGGCGCCGUCUUUCAAGAAGGAGGAGGCCCAGGCAGCUGAGAAGCCCGCCUUCAGCAUGCCCAAGUUCACGGCACCAGCGGUGAAGGCGCCUGAGCUGCCCAAGGUUCAGCUUCCCAAGGUCGGCCUGCCCAGCCUGGAUGUGGAUGCGGACAAGGUGAAGGCCAAGCUGACCAUGCCCAGCCCCAAGCUGCCAGAGUUCAAGGCGCCGCGCUUCGAGGCCCCCAGCUUCAAGCUCGACUUCAAGCCGCCGCCCGCGCUGGAGGGCAAGAAGCUGGAGGUGCCCACCCCAGACAAGCUGGACUUCAAGCCACCCCCCAAGCUGUUUGGCAGGCCUGCCGAGCCCGCUGCUCCCAAGCUGGCCGCACCCAAGGCAGCCGCGCCCAAGGCCGAGGCUCCCAAGCCGGCGCCUGUGGCGCCCACGGUGCCAGUGCCCGCGGCCCCGGUGGUCCCUGCUCCACUCCCUGUGCCGGUCCCCGUCCCGAUCCCUAUGGCCCCUGAGCCCGGCAGCUCCAGCUUCUUCGACCUUCUGAAGGAUUCUUUGGGCCAGGAGGAGAAGGUGGAGGCGCCGGCGGCAGAGGCGCCAGACGCGGCGGCGCAAAAGGCGGAAGAGCAGAAGGCGGCCGAGGCCAAGGCGGCGGCCUCCGCCGCGGCCGAGGCGGCGCAGCAGGCGGCAGCACGCGAGGAGGCGGCCGCGGCCACCGCGCGGGCUGAAGCCGCGGCGCGGGCCGCGGCAGCGGCGCGGGCCGAGGAGGCCGCUCGCGCCGAGGCGCAGGCUCGCGCCGAGGCGCAGGCUCGCGCGGCCGCCGAGGCGGCGCGCCUGCGCGCGCAGCAGGAGGCGGCGGAGCAGGCGGCCGCGGAGCGCGCCGCGGCGCAGAAGGCCGCCGACGUGGCAGCGGCGCGGCGCGCGGCGGCCUCCGGCAAUGGCGGCAAGCGCCGGGGCCCGCUGCCGCUGUUCCUGGCGCAGCUGCUGGUGCUUUCCAGCUUCGUGGCGGACAGCCAUGCGACCAUUCUGAGCCUCACGCCGCUACGCAAGUUCUUCGGAGGCAAGCGCAUACACACGGCCGCACUCGCCCCUGCCGCCGACUCCCCCACCGCCGCCGGCGCCUCGAGCGGCGGCGACGACACUCCGCCCUCCCGCCCCCGGCUGCUAAUGGUGCACAGGAAGUGUGUGGACCCAAGCGAGCACACAGACCACAGGUCCCGCGGGCGCGGCGCCCUGCUCACCAUCGGCCUCAACCGCCGCCCCACCUCAGACCUGGAUGAGCCCGAGCUGAGGGCUGCCCUGGCCGACGAGCAGGCCCACUCCCGCCAGCUGGAGCAGGCGCUGGUGGCGGCGCACCACGCGCUGUCGGCCGCGCGGCAGCAGGCCGCCGACCACGAGGCGCGGCUGGCGGAGGCGCGGGCGGCGAGGCGCGGGGCGGAGCAGGACGCUGCCGACGCGCGCACCAUGCUGGCCGCAACCGACGAGAUGCUGGGGGAGGCGCAGGCUGCGGCUGAGCGCUGGGAGGCGCGCGCCGGGGAGGCCGAGGCGGCUGCCCGCCUCGCCCAGCGCACCGCCAUGGUGGCCAAGGAGCACCGGCGAGCUGCGCGGCGCGCGGCGCGGCGGGCUGCCAGCUGCUGCCGCCGCGACCUGGAGCGCACCGAGCAGGAGCACCGGCAGUGCGCCAGGCAGGCGGUGGCGGAUGCCGCCGCGCGCCAGCAGGCGGAGCACCGCACGGCGGCCGCAGAGGCGGCCCGCAUGCAGGCCCAGCUGGCCAGCUGGCGCGCGCAGCAGCAGGCGGCCGCCGAGGCGGCGGCCGCGUGGCAGCAGGCGCAGGCGGCCGCGGCGGCGGAGCAGGAGCAGGUGGCGGCGUUUGUGGAGGCCAUGCGCCAGCAGGCCAUCAUGGACGCCCAGUUUGCAGCCCACUUCCUGCCUCAUAGCCAGGCGACGGCGCAGCAGCAGCUGGCCCGCAGGCGCGACCACAGCGAGGGCGGUAGCCCACUGGCCAGCUACGACGGCACCGACUGCAGCUCGCCCAACAGCCCCACCGCAGCCACGGAGCGCUGGAGCGCGGCUGGCGACUGCUGA